AUGCCCAAUUUCGCAUCGGGCCUCGUUCAGGUCUCCUUAAUCCUGUUGAGUCGGCCGCCUCGCUGCUUUAAGAAGAUAUCGCGCGUUCCGUUCGCAUAUCCAACUCUGAUUAAAGCAGACCCGUUUAUCUUCGGAGCAUUAAAGAGUCGGCGAUACACGGUGCACUUCUUGAGCUUUGAAGGUGGUGAAGAAUCUGAGAUCGUUGAGAUUCUUGUCGGACCCGAAGCUCGUGAAGAUAGAGGCCAAGAGAGUCUUCAAAAUAUCAGGAGGUUAGAGGAGAGGUUCGAACUUAACUUUGAAUUCUUUUCAGCAAGGACCCUCUGCUUCUCCGGGAAACUUCUCCGCUCUACAAUGAGGGUAGAAUUUGUCAAUUUUACCAAUAGUCUUCUUGGAGUUGCCUACGUGGUCUUUUCUGAUGUUGUAGUUAAAGCCUUCGUUGAGCCAGUUGAUGAGAAUAAUUGGAAUCGGCGUUUAGACGGUAAUGCAAUCAAUGAUACUGCACAACUAUUUGUCAUUGGCUUUAGAAACUGUUUAAAUAGUAGUGGAGAAUUGUUUCUUGAACGUCACAAAGUAGUUGCAGAUUAUGGAUAG